ACACGCCUUUGAAAUAGAGCCGGUCACGUUCGCCAUCAACAGCACGCCUCCAACCGGCAUUCGACGCCUACAUACAACAAACAUCUUUCUUUGGCGAUAACUGCAGACGGGGAAGGGAUUUUGAAUCUAUCGGUGUCUUUCGAAUCCGCCGAACCAACUGAAAGUCGUGGAACAAAACCAGUUCAUCCCAACUCGCGCUUUGUCGACCAGACGACUCACGGGCCUGCGCUAACACGGCUAUCUCGACGAACUACAACCCACCCCCCCUCGAUCGCUGUCGCUCUGAUCACAACUUCUGCUCCGACUGCCCUGGUUGGGCUCGUUACUGGCAAACAACAUGGUGGAAAUGCUGGGCAUGAAGGCCAACGUGCUCCAAAGCCGUGACCCUAUUAGCGAAUUCCUCCAACUCUUACAGGAUCCCUUUGCCGCCCAGCUCUCUUCCAAUUCCAUCUACGCUGCCCUUGCUUCUUCCGUGAGCAUCACCGCCGCCGUCGCCUUGGGUUUCUCCUUGGUUAGGCCACUCAACACUGUCGUAUACGCACCCAAACUCAAACAUGCCGACGAAAAGCACGCCCCGCCCCAGCUCGGGAAGGGCUUCUUCUCCUGGAUCAAGCCGCUGUGGACGACCACGGAGCAGGAUUUGGUGAGGCUGGUUGGCAUGGACGCCACCAUCUUCAUGCGCUUCACCAGGAUGUGUCGCAAUAUCUUCUUGUGCCUAGCCGUCCUGUGUUGUUGCAUUCAAAUUCCCAUAAACUGGUAUAAGAACGCUGCACCUCAGUCGCCUUGGCUGCAAAAGGUUACGCCCAUGAACGUGUGGAACCAGUGGCAAUGGGCCACAGUCGUCAUGUCCUGGGUAACUACCCUGAUUGUGUGCUUCUUUCUCUGGUGGAACUACAGCAAGGUUUGUCAGUUAAGGAUCCAGUAUCUCAAAAGCGAGGAGUACCAGCAGAGCCUCCACGCCCGUACGCUCAUGUUGUACGACAUCCCCAAAAAUUUGACUUCAGAUGAAGGUAUCGCUCGAAUCAUUGACAGCGCAGCACCGAGCUCAUCCUUCUCGAGGACUGCUGUCGCACGCGACGUCAAGAUUUUGCCCACUUUGAUCGAGGAGCACGGAAAGACCGUCCGGAAGCUGGAACAGGUGCUAGCCAAGUACCUCAAGGACCCCAAGAACCUCCCAGUUACUAGGCCAGUCUGCCGGCCCUCCAAGCAAGAUCCUUCAUUCUCAACCUAUCCGAAGGACAAGAAACUGGAUGCUAUCGACUAUCUCACGCAACGGAUCAAGUUGCUGGAGCUCGAGAUCAAGGAGGUUCGCCAACGGAUAGACAAGAGAGGUUCCAUGCCGUACGGCUUCGCGUCUUAUUCUGAUAUAAGCGAAGCGCAUGCAAUUGCCUAUCUCUGCCGAAGCAAAAAACCACUAGGCGCAAGAGUUACUCUCGCUCCCAAGCCUAACGACAUCGUCUGGGAAAAUAUGCCACUCAGCUCGGCCUCUCGUUUUACGAGGACACUGUGGAACAACUUAUGGAUUACUGUUCUCACCGUGGUAUGGGUUGCUCCCAACGCCAUGAUCGCCAUCUUUUUGGUCAACCUGAGCAAUCUCGCACGUGUUUGGCCCGACUUUCAGAAGUCUCUGGAAAAGAACAGAAACUUUUGGGCUAUUGUACAGGGUAUUGCUUCUCCAGCCUUGACUUCCUUGGUUUAUAUGGUUCUCCCCAUCAUUUUCCGGCGGCUAUCUAUGAAGGCCGGCGACAUGACCAAGACCGGUCGAGAACGCCACGUUGUCGCCAAACUAUACUCAUUCUUCGUCUUUAACAAUCUCUUUGUGUUCUCUCUGUUCAGCGCUCUUUGGUCUUUCGGGGCCACGGUGGUUAAGAACACUGCCACGGAUCAUGAUGCGUGGCAAGCUAUCCUUGAUGCGGACUUUGGGACCACCGUCUUCGUCUCGCUUUGCUCCAUUUCGCCCUUCUGGGUUGUUUGGCUCAUUCAGCGUCAACUAGGUGCUGCCAUCGAUCUAUCGCAGCUUUGGAAGUUGAUUUACGGCUCUAUUAUGCGAAAGUUCACGAAUCCGACUCCCAGAGAGCUGAUCGAGCUCACGGCACCGCCGCCUUUCGAUUACGCUAGCUACUAUAAUUAUUUCCUCUUCUACGCCACUGCCGCCCUCUGUUACGCUCCCAUCAUGCCGCUUGUUCUCCCGGCGGCAGGCAUGUACUUCGCCAUUGACGUUGCGCUCAAAAAGUAUUUGCUGAUGUACGUCUUUGUCACGAAAACGGAGAGCGGAGGAAUGUUCUGGCGCAUAUUGUUCAACCGCAUCCUCUUUGGAUUGAUGCUAUCUCACCUGGUCGUCUUCCUUGUAGUGUGGGUUAGAGGCUUUGGGUACAAAACUCAAGCGUACGCCGUCGUCCCGCUACCAUUUCUGAUGAUCAUCUUCAAGUUUGUCUGCUCAUGGAUGUACGAUAAUAAGCUCACGUACUACUCGACGCGCAUCAUCAAGCACGGCAACGGUGAGGAAGGUUUCGGCCUAAAAGAACAAGCCCCCAGAAACGAUCGUCUUGCCUCGCGCUUCGGCCACCCUGCCCUAUACAAGCCACUGAUCACACCCAUGGUACACGCCAAAGCUCAGAAUAUACUGGCAAGCGUUUACCAGGGCCGGCUAUCCGAUGGCCGUGAUGCAGGCCCUGGCGACUCAAUGUCUGUGAGCGGGUACAGCGACACUUUUGCCCUGGACAGUAUGGCUUCUGGAAAGGUCGGGAAACUGUCGUCCACGGUGCCCGGGUUCGAGGUCGUCCCCGAGUCCCGACUGGACUUUGAGUUCUACAAGAAUCGCGACGAAUUUGCUGCGGACCAUGGUGCUGGCGAGUUGUUUGGACAUGCAUCUGAUAUCGUCCGGCCAGACACACCAGGAACCAUAGCUACGGGAUCCGACAACAACUCUCGACCAGGUACACCAGUAGGGGGAAUGGGCUUUGGCACCAACCGCAGACUCUUUUCGAACCAGUCCGAUAUGGCUAACACCGCUUAUGGUGGCGGAUACAUGUCUCCGUCGCAACAAUACUCGUAUAACAACCAGGCGCCCUACUCACCACCCACGCUAGGUCCCGGCGAGGCGCCCGGUCGAGGCCGAAGCCCCCUGUAUCACAUGGGUGACAACGGCAACGAUAGCUCGAGCAACCUCGUCUAUAACGCGGCGGGCAUGCCGACUUCAACACCAGCAGGUGUCGAUGUCUCCGACGCUGGCCUCCACCGGGAACGGAGCUUCGAUAGCUCCAGGCCGGGGUCUCGCAGUGCACUGGGCGGGUUUAGUAUCCCCAACCCACGCGCGCCAGGCGUGCUGGGUACUUCCAGAUAUGGUUACGGCAACGUGCCGCAAACGGACGACGACAUGAUGCACACGCCGCUGAACGCGAUGCAAAGCCCACAUUUCCAGCCGAAUCAGGGCCAGAACGACCCCAUGCAGUAUGACUAUUUCAGGGGGAACAGGCGGCAGGGACCUGCGCCUGGUGCGCCGGGUAGGGGUGGAAAUGGGAGCGUGAGCGGAAAUAGCUUCUGGGGCGGGAACUAGAAGAUCCGUGUUUCUGGAAGAGGGAGGUCGAGAAGGACGGUUGGUGAAGGCGUUGAGUCGUCUUCGUUGAAUAAGGGGAGGAAGAGGGAUAUCCUCAAGUUUUGGAUGCGGAGGAGGACUGCCGAGUUGGAGCAUGAACGGCUGGCUUCCCCAUCUCCCGGAAACGGGGAUCAUUGAAAGAGACUUAGGACGGGCAGUUUGCAUUUAUGGGCAUUCUAGGUCCCUUAACAAGCAUUGUUUCGGCGUUUUGAUAUGGGUAUGUGA